AAAUUUUCUGAAAUGCGGCAAAAUCCUUGAGUUCAGUAUUCGUGCAUGAGCAUACGCUGUGAAUGUAAUUUCUGGAAAGUGUGUCGUUAACGAUUUGAUGGAUCAUUAUGUAUAGUUUGAUAAAACCAGGAUUCCAUCCCAAAAGAGGCAUGCCAUUUGAGCUUCAACAUGGUGACACAGAUACUGUUCCAUUUUUCAAAGUAUAUUUCUAAAGCUGACUUAAUAGAUCAUUAUAAAAGAAUAAACUUAAGCAAGAAAAGUAUUUAUGACUGUAAAAACCUUUGCCGUAUUGAAUGGAAUGUUAUCAAGAAAAUCAAACAUCACAUUGCUCGUGAUAUUCGUGAAGCGUAUGCACACCACCAGUAUACCAGCAACAGUGAUGGAUCCCAUCCCAUGUUGAAUAAACGAACAUUGGAUCGAGGCGGAUGCUAACUGGUCAGGUUGUGUUUACUAUCUAUGUGUACACGAAACAUUGUCAUAUGAACUGACUCCUGGCCAACAAUUUGAGUGCAACGUGCAAUAAUAAUAGACAUUUUCAAAUGUUCAGACAUGGCAAAUUAUUGUGCUAGAACUGAUUUCCCACAACAGGUAUCUACUGAUCAAGCAAGCGGAGGUUUAAGUGAAAUUGCCUUCUCAAACGGAGCAACGUUUCUAUCAAUGUCCGGGGUGAAUGGUCACCGAUUUGUCAGAAACGGUAUUUUAAAUGAACAACAGCAGUUAACAUAUACACGUUCAGCAGAAACAUCGACAGCUACACGAAGACAGCCGCCGCCGGCGAAACAUCCUGGCUAUACAGAUUACAGUGAACGACUUGGAUCCUACGCAAGAUGGAGUCGUCCAAAUCCAAGUCCUGUGUGUCUUUCUGAAGCUGGCUUUUUCUUCACUAACCAAAGCGACCUUGUACGUUGUUUCCAGUGCGGUAUAGGUCUCAAAGAUUUCUCGGGAGGGGACGAUCCUCUACUAGAACAUGUACGGUAUUCGGGAAAUUGUCUGUACCUUCUUGAACAUCUUGGAACUGCAAGAUUGUCUGCAAUAAAGAGAAAGUGUCAGACAGAGCAAGCAGAAGGUAUUAGACAACAACAGUCAAAUGCACAGUGUCGACAUCCUGAGUACAAGUGCUAUGAGGCCCGUCUUUCAUCCUUUAGUGGAUGGUCACAGUAUCUAACCCAAAGACCCGAAGCUUUAGCCAAGGCUGGACUUUACUAUACGGGAUUUGAAGACCAUGUGCGCUGUUUCAUGUGUGAUGGCGGGUUACGGCGCUGGGACACAGAAGAUGAUCCGUGGACAGAACAUUGUCGCUGGUUUCCGGCUUGUCAAUAUGCCAGAGAGAAGAAAGGCGAAGGGUUUAUAGCACUUGUUCAAGCUUCAGCAGAAUUUAAUGAGGAGGUUAGCAAAUACAUUAACGUUCGUUUUAUGCACAACAAGGAAACUGAAACCACAACACAUGGGGAAAUUGCCGGCAACGAAGCUCAGAUGACACUUAGAGAUCCAGAGUUCAGAGCUGUUCUAGAUGAACAUAAAAAUUCUUGUCUAGAGAUGGGAUUUGAGCUGGCAGACUUUAACGCAGCUGUGGAGGAUUUGAGGAACAUGGGCAAUAUUAAGCCAAUACUAGAAGAAAUUCUUGACAUGGUGGAGGUUGUAAAAGAGAGGAAAAGAAGCCAACAAAGAGCUAUUGAAUUAGAACAGCGUAAUCGUGAAACCCCUCUGGAAGAAAACUUGCGUCUGAAAAGUUUGAUAAUCUGCAUGUCAUGUGGCAAAAACAAAGUGAACGCUUUGUUCAUUCCCUGCACACAUCACCGUUUGUGCAUGGAGUGUGCAGAACCACUAACGGAGUGUCCAGUUUGUAGGAGAAACAUCAGACAGAAGAUAAGAACGUUCCUGGUGUAAAUUUCUUAUCCCUUCACCCCGAAUGAUCAGUGUUGUAUAUCUUCUCUUUUUAGUAACAUCACACUUACGUGAAACAUAUGUUUUCAUGAGUACACAUCAUGACAAAAUAAGAAACAUUCAUGAAAACUGUGCAAAAUUGCAGCUUAAAUAGAUUUAUUGCCAAGUAGUAAUUUGUCAAACAUUUACUGAACAAUGGCGAAAUGAGCACUAUUCUUGAAAACUGUAUAAUUUACAAGAUGUACUGACUGCAUAGAAAUAUCACAUGGUAUCCUUUAUUCUUAUAUAUUAUGUAUAUAUUAUAUUUGUACAUGUUUAAUACAUCUACUUUGGUAAAUGCACUUAGAUGAAUGCUAAAUACAAAGUAUAAACUUAUGUACCUGAGCUAUUUUAAUACUUUGGUAAGGAAACUAUUUAAGUGACAGCAUUGUUCAUCAAGUAGUUCAACGAUUUAAACGGAAAACAUUGAGUCUGGCCAGGGAUGUUCAGUCGAUAUGUAUUUAAAGAAAUAGACCACAUUGUAUCUGUUAAUCGCAUGAGUGUCCUAGAUGAAAGAUAGUAUAAUAACAUUUCAGUAUUUCGUACUUAUAUAUAUUCAAGAACUAAGCCAUUUUUACAUUUGUAUAUAAGUAUCCCAUAUGAUGUUUAACUCUGUUUUCGAAGGAGAGCCAUUCUAUUGCGCUAAACAUGCCUUUUGAAUUUGUUUAAAUGGUUUGUUUAGUAUUUUUGAGUCGGCUAAACGCUUUCAAGCGUUUGACGAGUCCUUGCUAUCGCCCGAUUUCUCAUUCUUAUUAAAUGACCUCACAACACAGCGAAUUGAUGUAGUUCCAUUAGAUUGUCUCUAAUUUCAAAGAGUUCAUUGAUCGAAUGAAGUUCAGUUAUGUCAAUCCUAUUUGCUAUGACCAAUAUACGAUGUAAUCUGUCAAAUUUAUGAUUUGUAAUUGUGCAAUACUCGAACAAAGCCACGUAUUUUCUUACGCGGUAACUCAUUAAGCAUAAACACGCAUAACGAUUCUGCGGGAUUUGGUAAUACAUUUGCGCAUAUGAUUAUGGUGACGAAUUUUAUGCCCUUUUGUCACAAAAUAGCAAAUAUGAUGUUCACAAAUUCAAAUAAAAACUUCAUUUUAACUUAUUAGCCAAAUUAUCCAUUUGUUACCCU